GGUAGGUCCAGACCGCUCCGCUUGCUGGGCUGCUGUUUGCCCUUGUCCUUGCCCUUGCCAUCUGUUGUCUUGCGACAAGACGAAAGCGCGCGUCUACGCCACUUCUUGUUGUAGUGUAGCACGCGGGUACCUGUUUUGGAUACCUGACUGAGGUGACUGGAUGGAGUAGCGUAGUCCCCGGGGAAGUGAACUGGUCGCUGCCCUGGAUGGGAGUCCUCAGACAGCGAGCUUGCUGGCUUCCACUUAAACUUUAUUUCAACUGCCGAUACCGUCGUCACCUUUUUUUUUCGCUGUCCUUGAUCUUACCUACAACCUAGGUACCUACCUAUCCGCCUACAUCCCGACCUUCCCUACGACCUCAAACCAACCUGCUACCAGCCACCUUGAUAAACGAGACGAAACUACCAGAUUGCUGAAUCGUCACCACCUACCUACCACCUACGAAACCUUUCUCUGGAAGCUCUCACAUCAAACCGAAUUUAUUGAUUUCUACAAACCUGAACCUGCGAUCUGCCAUAUAGUACACUAUUCACUGGCGUCGCGUCGAACGACAGAGUCUGAAUCGAGAUCAUCGCGAGAGAGUGUGAGAGAGAAACGAAGAGAAAGAGAAAGGAUAAAAAGGGAAGGAGAAAGAAAGAAGAACAAUAUGGUCGCUACCACCACCAGCUCGUCGAUGGAGGCCGCCUCUCGGGUGAACCUCCCAACAGCGCCCGCUGCCGCUGUUAUUGCUGAACAACCCAAACCAAACACCAUGCUCCCCCUCCCUACCACUACCACCACCACCAAUACCAACGACCUCAACCAGCUCGACGUACAAGAAGAGCAGGAAGCGGGAGUGGGACUCAGAGGCGGCUGGAUGACCAUCGGCAAACACUUUAAUUGCUGUGGACUCAACUGCGGGUUCAGCAAGACUUUUUAGAGAGACCUUUGUUGUUCUUGUCGUUCUUGUUGUUGCUGCUGCCGCUGCUGCUGUGAUGAUGAAGGGUGUGAAAGGGGAGAUUACUGGAAGGGAGAGUGGAAGUGGGAUGCGAGGAUGUGUGCGAUGCCGAUGGCGGGUGGGGUGUUUACUACUGCUGGGGGUAGGGAUGGGGGUGGGUUGAUUUGAGACGACGACGACGACGACGACGACGACGACAACGGUACGAUCAUGGAGGGCUAUGAUGGUACGAGUCCGUAUGGGGAUGCAAGAAGGAAAAGGUGAAAAUGGGGGGGAAAGGGGAAAAGGCGAAGGAAAGGCGAAGGAAAGGCGAAGCAAGGGUGAAAGGGACAAGGAAGGGUGAAGGCGAACUGAAGCGGAACAAACACAUGCCCGCGCCGCGCGUUGGGGCUUAAUGCAGUGACAUGACAUGGACGAACAAACCGAAUGCGACGAUGAAUAGGAGGACCGGAUUGCGACAACGGUGGAAAAGCCUUUGAUGAUGACGAUGGAUACUUUUUCUUAGUGGUGCUGUUACGCAAUGGGUGGUUGUCUUUUCCAACUUUUGUGCGGUGCUUUCUGGAUGGUUGGAUGACGGGAGUUGAUAAACCUUAGGAAUUUGAUGAAUGACGAAUUGGAGAAUGUUUUGAUCUCAUUUUGAUCUUGAUAUUUGAUAAGUAAGACCUCCAGACUGAGCCGUGGUUGAAAGGCGUUGAGAUUUGUAAACAUUUGCGUUUGGUUUACCUGUUGGAGAGGGGUCCAACGGGUAGGAAAUGGGGGUCUUGAGAAACGUCUACCGGUGAGUACGGCCGUCUCGCCUUCGGUAUGUGACUAACACAAGUAGGCUGCAACUAACGACGUUUAUUGAAUGCAUGUUGGGUAUUUCUGGGCCCGAUUUCAUUUUCGUUUUCUUGUUUUUGUGAGGAGAUUUAAGCAGUCUUUGCAUGUUGAAUGUGCUUGACAGCUACCUAG